AUGAGGGUCGUGAUUGUUUUACUCAUAUGUUUAGUAUUUUGUUAAGGUAUUCCAGUACAUAAGAGAUUUUUGUAACUAGAAGAGUAUUUGAUAAAAUGAAUUUUAGUCAAGACAAUGAUGUUUAAUAUACAUCAGAGAAUUUAUAAGUUGUUGUUGAUGAGAAGAGUUAAAAUAAAGAUGUUUAGAUUUUAGCAGUAUAAGAUAGUGAUUUAAUGAUUAAUUAAUUAGAACCAUCUGAGAAAUUAGAGUAAUAAUAAUCAUUAGAUGAUGAAACACCAUUAAAUAGUGCUUAUGUAUUAGAUUUGAUAAUUAUGAAAGUUUGAAGAUGAUUAUAAUAAUAAUGAAAUCAUAUAAGAUGCUAGUUAAAAUAUAGUGGAGGAUUUGAAAUUGAUUGGCUAAUUAGAUAACAAUAAUAUUAUAGAUGAGAACCAUCAAAUAAUAGAUACUUAAUAAAAUAUUACUGAUGAAAAUGAAAAUUAUGCAUCAGAUACUAUGAAUGUUAAUGAUGAAAUCUAAUAGGAAAUUAUAGAUCAAUAGAAUGUUUAAGAUAAAAACAAUAAUGAAGAUAAUUAUUAUAAUGAUUCAAUUGAAAAUAAUGAUACAUUACAAGUAAGUGAUACUAUUUCUUAAUAAUUUAUUGCUUAAUCAAAUGAUGUUCCAGAUCUAACUUAUAUGGAUUAAGAUUAAAUUGCAUAAUAAUUCACUUAAUCUUAAUAUGAAGUAUAAACAAAUCAAAUAGAACAAACCAAUCAAUAAGAUUAAACUAUUAUUAUUGAUAAUUAAUUACAAAAAGAUGAAAAUCAAGUAUAACCUAAAAUUAUUGUUGUUGAAGAUUAAUCAUAAAUGAAAUCAGAUGAUUCAAGUCCAAAAUAAGUUAAUAUCUAAUAAGAAAUCUCUUCUGAAGAUCCAAACAACAUAAAUAAUGUUUAAGAAGAGUAAUAUUUUAUAAUAUAAUUAGACAAAUAUCUUAAUGUAUUGAAUUAUAUAGUUAAUGUUAUUAUAAAGGGGAAUUCAUGAAAGCUUGUAAUGAUCUUGGUUAAAUGAAGUAAUUCAAUUUUAUCAUAUUUUAGAGAUUUCCCAUAUGAAAUUAAGUCUUUGAAGAUUCCUUAUGGUACAACUCUUACAAUCUAUGAUCAUCCAAAUUAUGAAGGAGAAAGACACACAUUUUCUAAAAAUGAAGAGUGUUUAGAAAAUGUAAUUGUUUUAACAUAAAUUACAUUUUGA